CUUCCACCACCGCCACAGAUCGAACUGGUAGUGGAUAAACCACAUCUGAUGGGAGUUCUGCGGAGGCCCAUCGUUCGGAUACGACCUGCCACCAGCUCCGAGGUAUCGGCGCGUCGGAAAAAUCGAACCAGCGUCGAAAACAACACGACCAAAGUCCGCAGCGAGGCGGCCGUAGCCAUCAUCAAGAAGAACACCUCCGACAGCUCCGAUCCGAAGGGAUCGUUGGCCUGUGCACUGCCCUGGGGCCAUGGCUGGGGUUGGGCGACCCUGCCAAACGGCAUCUGGAGUGGCGCACUGACCUGGUCCCAGUGCGAGGACUCGAUCACCCUUCAUGCCCUGCCGACGACACACUGCACCAACAUGAUCGAGGCCCCGUGCGCCGGCGGAAUCUACCAUACCGACAUCAGCCCGUUCGACUUCCACGGGAUCGAGGACGUCGGCGGUGAGGACUUCGACUACGCGAUGGACUGUGGCGAUUUCAUAUUUUAAUCUAAACGACCGCACUCGUACGAAAGCACAUUAUAGUUCAUACCCUUUCGCACAUACAAAAAACCACACAGACAAACACAUGCAAAAGUUAAACAUAUCCGAGUGUCCAUGUAGGACCGAGGAAUGAUACGAGCGAAUCGGAGGGAUCGUUUUUUACUACAGAAUAUGACGCACGCAAACGAACAUUAAAAUUAUACACACAACUACGGAGCCGUCGCAGGUCAAGCAUGUGAACUUCGAAUGGAAUUCAGGCGGCUGAAUAACGCCCGGAUUAACCUCCACUGCAUAACACAAUCUUAUUAAUGUAUAUUAGGAUAAAUCCCGUAUCAACCAAUUCCACCGAUAAUCAAGUAGAUUGCAUCCUGAAACGUAACAAAAGCAAACGAGAAGUAUAUGUGCAGCGAAGAAAUAAUAACCGUCUAAUUGCAAGUGAAUUCAACCAUUCAUUGAAAAGAGGAAACACAUGAUUCGUACAUAACGUAAUAUUGUAACUAUGAACCACAAAUGUCAACCCUAGAGUAUGUAAUGUCAAACCAUAGCUUGAAAUAUGUGUACAUCCAAAACCGUCGUGAACGGAACAACAAAGAAAACCACAAGAAAGGUGUGUUCCCCACGCGCACACACAAACAUUUGUGAGCGGGUUUUUGCUAAACUUGAAAUUUGAAUAAAUAGUUUUAUACAUUACUUUAAAUACCCAACAUGGAUGUUCAAAAACUGGAUAUACAUAUAUACAUAGCGAAAUUAAAGUAUAAAGAGAAAAAAUGUCACUCGUAGACCGUUGAAGCCGUAAACCAUUUUUGCUGACUAUUUAACAACCAAAUGAUUGAGUAGGCGGUAAGGCAGCACUCAUUACCGAAAAUAUAUGCUAGAUUUUAGGGAUUUUUAAUUGUCGUGUAAUGAUAAAUGAAAAACAAAUUAUGCCUUUCCAAAUCAGAAUAAAAUCAUAAAUAUUUUUACCGGUGUAUGAACAAAAAGUCAACUAACAAACGUACACAUCCAUUGAAGACAAAACGCAAAUUUAACAACAAGAUGACGAACCCCUUAGAAAGUUUUUAAAAUCAAAAUUAGACUCUAAUAAAGUUCAAACGAAUCGAUUUAUUUUAGGAAAAAAAAUAUGAAAUUUUCAUAUUGCUUCAUUUUUGGAAACUUUUGACAAUUUUAAGUAAUUGUUUAGCACAACCUUCAGAGUAUUUAAAACCCCAUUUGCUCACGGGCAGCAGUGGAAACGAUUGCAAACUAAUACGCACCCUAGCGAGUAAUUUGAUACAUAGAGAGGGUUACAUCUUUAACUGUUAAAACUCCGAAACAAAACAAAAGAAAUUGAGGUAAAGCUUAAUUCUACAUUAAACACUAAAAGAAAGAUUAAAUUGAUCGGACGGAAAACUUGUUUAGAUCUGGUAGAAAAGAUGUAUGGGAAAUUAAUGUGGGCAACAUACAAUUAUAUUUAAUCGUAGAAAGUAGCAUUAAACAAUAAACGAAGCAAAACAUAGAGACUGUACCUACCGAAAAUUGAGAACACGUUUGUUAUUAUUAGUGGAUAAAAUAUUUCUUAUUUGGGUGAAAAUUACCAGUUAGUCUAAUUUCGGAUAUUUUAUGCAAAUUAAAUUGGUAGUUCUGUAAGAAAUUCGAUGGCAAAAUUUAAUGUCAACCAAUUACGACUCAAAGUCAGACGAUGUUAAAAAAUGAUACUAAACCCAACAAGUCGAGAUAUAUGUAGGUUUUACGAACAAACAGCAGAAUCGGUUUGACAACUAUCGUUCAUCAACUAUCACCGGACAGAAAGGUGUCAAAACUCACGAGAUCAGCAACAACACUUUAACCAAUCUAGCGAAUAAUGUACUUAAUACUACGGGUAGGGCCUAGCAAUCGACCAUAUUUAUGCUGUAAUUUCCACACAGUAGAGCGGGAGAACUAAAUGCGACAGCGUCUUAGAUAAGUCGCAAAACGGUUAAACCACAUGUGUACUAGCGCCAACCUGGCUCCUUUCGAUGGCCCCUUGACUACAAUCCAAAACAUUUAAUGUAAGUAUGAUAGUAAUAAAAAAAACGUAGUAAAUUUGCCCGCAAACAGAAGGUGAAUCUUUUGAUAAAACUUGUAAACGUGAAAAACCAAAAUGCCGCCAAUUUCAAUAAAUUUGAAAAUAUGUUAAUCAAUCACCAGUCAACACAGACAUACAUAAAUACAUAUAUACAAUAGAGAUAACUGUUUUAGGAUGAUAUAAUUCAAAUGUUUGUAACAAAAAAAAAAAGAAUAAUAAAUAUGUGAACAACACAGAAAAUGAGAACAGUUGAAAUAUAAAACAAAUGCUUGUGCUUCUUCUAAAAACUGACCCAAUAUCGCAGGACGACAUUGGGUGCGCAUCGUUGUAAGAAUAGUUUUGCCCAAAGCGAAUCGAAUUGUCAUUUCGAUAAUUGUUACCAAUCGAAUGUCAUCCAACCAACCAAACAUCCUUCCUUUCUCCCUUCUUUGACAAUACUCUACAUGAUUAGAAUACUGCUGAGCGGAAUUCUGACAUUGCUUCGAUUCGUAGACAAAUCCAUUAGAGAACCGCUUGAUGAUGACCUCGAUUGACAGUUCAGCGAGUUUGUUCAUGUUCACAUGAACAUAGCCGAUGCCGACUUCUCGGUGCCAUUCAUGAUAAAAAAAAUUACUUUAGCGAAUAGUCGCAGAACAUAGAUACCAAUCAAGAGUGAUUCAAGAAAAGAAAAUGUGCUUUUGCUUGAAAAUUCAAACAUAUAAUUAUUGUGGCACAGAAUAAUCUCACAUAAUUUGUUGAUCAGCAUGUAAUUUUUUCUGUGAUACUUUAAACCACUUUAAACUUUUCUCAUGUGGAUCUCGAAGUUCCAAACAACAUUGAUAAUACACUAAAUAGAAUUCCUUUCCAUUCAAAAUGUUCGAUCACAGACGGUUGCAGUCCCGAAGCUUUGUAUGGGUUUGAGAAAAACUUUAAUUCUAUUACGGUGAUUAAUCAUCAGUGACAGCUUAAAAUAUAUAUCAAUAAAAGCAUUUACGACCCAUUCUCACAGUAUUCUGGAACAUUAUAGAUUUUUGCACCUCAAUAACAAAAUCCAUGAACUGUCAAAAAGAGGUCUAUUCUUACAACUCACUUCGAAAUAGAAGUCAAUUAAAGACAAUUAGCUCUCCUAGAUCCAUUACCCAAAGUUUUCAUUUUUGCAAUGCCCAGGAUACAAGGAAAUGGCUCUUUGAACUUACUUUCAUAAUUUAAACUCAACUACAGUUUAUUCGCUCAAAAUCACAAUUGAAAUGUAUUUAUUCACUGUAUUCUACUCACCAAGGCAACGCAGUGAACAUGCUUUUGCCCUGUAAUUCAAUUCAAGUGAAGAAAACUGCUUUCAACAAUAGGCAUUUUAACGGAAAUAAACAACGCAAAAAAAACUGUUGAACGAAAACCUGAAUGUGUUCAUUCUACAGAACAAAGUAAAAUUCCUAAUCAAGCAUCCAUGUAUUUAGUUCUUUUCACCAAUAUCGAAUCAGUACGCCAGAAGAUUCUGUUAUGGGAUAGAGACGUAGCUCGCGAUGGGGCUAACAAACAGCCAACCUUCUACUUAUAAAUUUUUGAAAGAAAGAGUGUCGAAUAUCAGAUGUCAUAUGAGCCGGCAGAGCGAAAAAGACGUACAAAGAGAUCUGAUCUCAUAAACCUUUGCUUUGGAUUCAUGUAUAUCACUGCUAAGCAAUUCUAUAAUAAUAACAAUUUUAAUCUGUUUCAGGAUUUCAUAACUUAAAUUAUUAUUAAAGAUUCGACACAUGUUUUUCCUUGUAAUAGGCAUUUUCAAUCGGAGUCGAUUUUCUGUAAUAGACCCUAACCUAAAUAAAAAAUUAUGCUUUCGAUUCAAAAUAUUUUUAUUGCUUCCUAUUACUCCGCCAUAUUAGAACAUGUCUCUUCGAAUAUCUCUGGCGUUCUGAUGGUGUGCAAUCAUCAUAAUUCAAUGAAUACCAACCCUAUGAUAACAGAAAGCCAUACCAAUACCACCACCACCACAACCACUACCAAUAGUGAGAAAACUAGAUUUAUGUAUCCGUGAUCGUUCGGUCAGAAAAAAUAUGAAUGAUUGUCAAAAUAAAAUUCAUGUGAAAAGUAGAACUGAAAACAAUCAAGAGAAACACGUAUAUAAUAAAAGAAACUGUU